UUUUCCAGUUUGGCGUCGAAUUCGAAACCAAUUUCUUGGGCUUCUCUGAAGACAAGUCAAGUCUAAGCCAUGUUGUUACGAGUUCUGAUCGUCGUAAGCGUUACUACUCAAACAUGGUCGCAGUAUACGUACGCGAAUCAGAAGGUGCAACAAGGAGGCACGCAGUUCGAGUGGGGAUGGCAGCUGACACCAGUGGACGCACAACUACCUACAGACCACUUCUUUGUACAGACUGGGCCUCAAAUCCAGUUUGCGAACAAUAUAGGUGGUUUACAAAAUACCGGGCCACUGGUCGAUGCUACUGGCUUGAACUAUAAUACUGCGAUACCUUAUCAAAUAUAUCAAAAUCCAGAAAAUCAUACACAGACAAUCCAAGGAGUCAGCAGUGAACCACCAUUAGAUAUAUUUCUUCUGCAUCAGCAAUUCCCCAUCACGUUUGCACAAACACAACAAAAUAAGGUAUCAAGUGACUCUACCCAGUAUAUAAAUGAACAAAAUACAAACUCAUACACACACACUGGAUAUAAAAUACAAACAGAUCACACAACCACAGAAAAUAAUCCAACAAGCAAUCAAUUUAGCACAACAGCAUCUUAUAAAGAUAAUGACAAUGAAAAUAAUGCAAUAAUAACACCUAUUGUACAAGUUUUUAAAAAUCAUAAUUGCACAAACGAUGAUAUUGAAGAAAAAGAACAAUCGAAUAUAUUAGACGACAAAAUAACGACAUAUGAAAAUGUAAACGAAAAUUUCGGUGCAAAAGAACAAAGACCCUUAUAUAAAGGAGCUGCAGACUUUAAAAUUGAAACAAGAUCGAAUACGAAUAACGAAGGUUAUUAUUAUUAUUCUACGGAAAUUACUCCUACGACAAGAAAUUAUUACAAUGACCAAGAAGGUAUAUCAAAACUUGUAGCUUCAACACAAGAUCUUAUAAGUAACGACGAUUUGUUAACGAUCAACCAUUCAGCUGAAAAACAAGUUUAUAUCGACGAAUAUAUUAAACUAUACAAUCCAAGAACCGGUGAAUCUCAUAGUAAUCAAAAUAGACAAAAUCAAAUAACUUUAAAAGCGAAAAUAAAUAACAUAGAAAAAAAUUCUAUACCUAAUUCUAACACAAACAAUCAAAUACUUCUAAAUAACUACGAAAGCAAAUUUGCAUCACCUAUAGUUGUACAAGAUUCGAACAACGAUGAUUAUAAAGAACAAAUAUUAGACACUUUAGUGUCCACAAUGACACCAUUUAUUCAAAAUGGCUAUGAAAUUACUAGUAUAACGAAAAAUGAAAGUAAAAAUGCUUAUUUACCUCAUUACUUUAAUGAGGAAACAGUUUAUGUAACACCAAGACCUAUUGGACAGAAAUAUUUAGCUCCAAUAACAGUAGCUUUACGAUUAUUAAAUUCUAAUAACACUGAUAUUUUUAAUACAAUAGAAGAUCAUGACACUUCAGAUAGUGAAUUUGUUGAAGAGAAAGUAAAAAUACCUUCUAAAGAAAGAACAAUUGUUGAAAUACAAGAAUCAAUUCCAUUAGAUAUAACUCAUAUAAAUGAAGUAGAGGUUCAUCAAUAUUUAGAAGAAGGUAGAAGUAACUAUCCAUUAAACGAAGACAGAUAUUUACACAAUACAUUUGAAGAUCAACAAAGAAAUCAGGAACAAAAUAUUAAAGAAAUCUCUCAUGAAUAUGGUAAGAAAAAUAUUGAAAGAUACAAUGCAAAUAGUAAUUUUGCUAAUGAAGUACAAAAUAAUGAUGAAAGAAAUGAGGAAUUAGAAUCUAGCGAAAAUAUGGAAGCUAAAAUUACAGUUAAAUACAACAAUUACAAAGAAAAUCAACAAAAUAACACCAAUAAUGAAAUUUUUUUUGGAAAACGAAACAAUCGUAAAGUUAUUCAACCAAUAAUCGUCGAAAAAGAAGUACCUGUUCCACAAUACAUAGAACGAUACAUUGAAAAACCAAUAUCGAAUUCCGAAUCAAAAGCAAACUAUGUACCGGUCGUUAUACCAGUGCCAUACGAGAAAAUUGUUGAAAAACCUAUUGAAGUCACGAAAUAUAUUAACAAACCAUAUCCGGUACAAGUUCGACAACCCUAUCCCGUACCAAUUAAAGUACCUUACCCGGUGGAGCAGAAAGUAUACGUAGAUAGACCAGUACAUGUCCCAUACCCAGUAGAAAAAGUAGUCGAGAAAGAAGUUAUAAGGAACGUUCCCGUACCAACUCCUGUCGCCGUACCGGUUAAAGUACAAGUUCCAGUCGAAAAACCAGUCAUAGUACCAAUUCCAGUAGAAAGACCGUAUCCAGUACCUGUCGAAAAACCAGUAGAGAAGAUUGUUGAAAAAGAAAUCCGUGUCCCUUAUCCUGUUGAGAAGAAAGUAUUGUACCCUGUACCUUAUGAAAAGACGGUCCACGUACCGGUAGAGAAAAUUGUAGAAAAACCAGUACACAUAAACGUACCAGUACCUAUACCUGUGCAAAUUAUUAAACAUUACCCUGUUGACAGAAUCGUUGAGAAAAAAGUACCUUACCCUGUAGAGAAAGUAGUCGAAAAGGUUGUUGAAAAACCAACAAUCGUUACUAAAUAUAUCGACAGACCUUAUCCCAUUGAAAAUCCUUACAACUUAGAAAAGAGAACAGAAAAUAAAAUGCCAUAUAGUUUUCAAACUUACUCUAUAGAUAAUUCUAAAGCAGAAGAAUCUCAAAAUGUACCACAGUAUUUUCAAAACCAAUACCAAAAGUUUAAACAAAAUAAACCAGAAAAAUCACCUUAUUUCAAUCAACUUCAAGGAUAUUUAAAAGAGAAUCAAGAGCAGUUUACUUACGCUGUACCAAUUCAGACUACACAAUGGGGUAGUCUGUAUGCUUCUACAUAUAAAUAUAUAAAUAUGAAACCUAAUCAAGCAAAAAACAAUCAA